AUGUCCUCCAGUGCGUUUUCCCAGUCUUUCAAGUUGAAGGGCUAUUCUCAUGAUCACGAUGCGCAGUAUAUUCCCUAUUUCAAGGCGUCAAACACGAGGAAUGGUAGAUCACCAUCAUCACUCCGAAUUUUCUUACCUGCACUUACUAACAAUCCAGAGGUCGUAUGGAACUUAAUCAAACAGGCUGGCAGAUGGCUGAACUGUAGCUCGAUUGAUGCUGUUAGCAUGACGUCAGGACAGUAUAAAGAUCACCCUUGUCGCCCCGCAUUGUCCUGGACCACCUAUGAUACCCAAGCCCGGCAUUUCCGUGUUCCUGACAGAAUUGACGCCCCGUCAGAGUGGGCAGUACCCAAGAAUGCUUUGCCCAAGGAUGCUGAGUUAAAGGUAUUUCCCCAUUAUCAUCCUGUCCGUUCUGAUUGCAUAUUUCCAUCGAUUGCACCGUCGAACUAUGAAAACACUAGUGCACCUGACACCCUGUAUGUGACUGACUACACCGUGAACCCUCAUGCCAAACCACCUCAAGCAAACUGGUGCUCUCCGGAACUGUCAGGAUACAUUUUCAAGAUAGAGAUGUGGGAUCUUUCAUUUAUCGCACGAAUCACCCUUGCAAGAGUAUCUAUUCUGCGGCAAACACGCUGCUGCGCCCCCUCCCAAAUCCCAGAACGGUCAACAAUCCACGCCGCCACCUCGACACGAUACCAAACGUUUGUGCUGACCGCGAGAUAUUCGCCCUCUCCCUUUUCUGUUCCCUCUCCCUCUCCCUCUUCCGUUCCCUCUCCCGUUCCCUCUCCCUUUUCCUCUCCCUUUUCCUCUCCCUCUCCCUCUCCCUCUCCCUUCUCCUCAUUUCCUCCCCCGCUCUCCUUCCCUCCCUCUCCCUCUCACUCCUCUCCCUGGUUAUCUUUCUUGCACGAUCAAUGCUGCAGCAGCGCUGAUCCACCACUUAGAGUGCCAUCGUUCAAGAUCGAUGCUAUCGAUGAGGUCGAUGAGGUCGAUUACCUUUUUCGGCGCGAUGGCUCACGCUUCGGAUUCCACCGAAUCGCAUUCCACGCAGACCUUCGAACGUGGAGGGCAUGUGGGAAAUGGCCGGUCUGUGUUAAGUCUGUGCAGACUCCGCCCCAAAGUCUGGGGGACAUGUCUGGCUACUGCGACACUGAUCCCAUCAGCUACCCCCGUCAGUGGCUAGCCACCCCUGCCAUCUACAUCAACCACCCCCCAUCAGCACUUCAGCCAUCCCUGUGUCACGUAUCAGUAGGUGCAAUCAAUGACAAGUCCGAUUGAUGACAUCCGCAGGAUGGCACCUGGAAUACUUGGCAGCUGUGGAGCUGUAGUCGAUGGUAUGUUGUCUGUGGGCACGGUGGGCAACGUGAAAUGGCGGGAGAGGCUGAUGGCGAGAUACCGACGC